GUCCUGCUCGGAUUUGGAAACACUAACCGACAAAGCUCAUGUAUAAAUAGAGAAUUGGCCCCUUCGCAAAUCACAGUAAACACACUCUCUUCCUUUCAUCAUCAUCACUGUGAGAAAAUCAAAACAGUGAUUUUGAAACAAGUUAGGGUUUGAAUAUUGUAGAGAUGGGGGCACGAUUGAUCUUCCGUUCUUCUACGGAGAAGGAAUUGGACUUUCUUCAACUAAGGCAGCAACUCAAACAACGCAUCAGAAACAAUCAUGCCAAGGAGGUGGUGGUGUCUGUUCGUGACUGCUCGAUUCAUGAGAAGAACAAGUUGCCUUGUGACAACUUCGGAUCCUUCUUUGGCCCCUCGCAACAUGCCAUUGCGCAGAGAGUGAUUCAAGAAAGCAAAGCUUUAAUGCCGGAGUUAAAGGUUUUGGCAUCUAGGGUUUUUCGAAAUUCCCAAGACCAGGGUAAAAAGAGCCUCAAGAUUCCUGUCGAUUUGAAACUCAAGUGUAAAAGCAUAAAAGAGUCCCGGGAUUACACCUUUUUGUUCUCAGACGAUGCCGAAAUUCCGGAAUCUUCCAAAGGAGAAUCUGGACUUGGUAAAGAUUCUGCACCAAAGCCAAGUGAAGAAAGCAAUCCGGGUUUCGGCGGGAUAAGAAGAGGUUCUGAGAGAGAUUUGAAGACUGUAAGAAAGCAAAAUCCGGAAGAGAAAGAGAGGCCAAAGAAGCCUUCUUGUGUGAUGAAGGAGAAGGAGAGACAUC